AUGGCCGGCGGGACCCUCAUUGCCACAACCGCUGAACAUCUGUUCUCAGAACGGCAGCGCACUCAGCUGGCUGGUUGCUACCAGCUCCUCUGCUACACUGGCGCCCGGCCCGCUGAGGUCGCGCAUGUCGAAAGGAAAAAACCCAAAGACGGAAGCACGGACGAGAUUUUCAAGCUCCAAGGCGUCAAGUCCCUUGAUGUUGAGUGUGGCAAAGACGCAGAGAACGUGGAUUAUGAUGACCAACCAUCACAAGACAAAGACUCCCUUCUCCUCGACAGAUUGCUGAUACAGGAAACAGCCGGGCGGGGACGUCCGAAAGCCUUGUGCUAUGAGGACAUACUUAUGAUGAUUGUUCGCCAUCCAGUGACGGGACGAGCCGUACCGGCAAUGGCUGUUAAGUUCAUCCACCACAAAGGAGCUGACAACAAGCCAAGACCGACUGUCUUCUUCUUUAUGCCUACAAGAAGGCUCAUCUUCUAUGCCGUUAGCACCAUCAUCGCUCUAGCGCUCCAUAACUAG